GCAUGCGGUGGUCGUCAGCCAGCUCUGCUACCCGCGCGGCCACCGUACCCGAUCGAGCAGCUGAGGGAAGAAGGAAGAUGUCGCACAUCGCGGUGGAGCGGAACCGGCGGCGGCAGAUGAACGACCACCUGAAGGUGCUCCGUGCCCUGACGCCGGCCUUCUACAUCAAGCGCUGCGACCAGGCGUCCAUCAUCGGCGGCGCCAUCGAGUUCAUCCGGGAGCUGCACACCGUGCUGGACGCGCUGGAGGCCAAGAAGAAGCGCCGCCUCUGCAGCCCCACCCCGAGCCCGCGCUCCCUCCUCACCUGCUCCACGCCCACCAGCGCCGGGGGCUCCGCCUCCGACGUCUCCCCCAACAGCAACGGCAGCAGCGGCGGCAGCUACGCUAUAACCCCCGUUGGCGCCGCCGUCAAGGAACUCGCCGCCUGCUGCAACUCCCCGGCCGCCGACGUCGAGGCCAGGAUCUCCGGCGCCAACGUGCUGCUCCGCACGCUCUCCGGCCGCAUCCCCGGCCAGGCCGCAAGGAUCGUCGCGCUGCUCGAGAGCCUCCACCUCGAGGUGCUCCACGUCAACAUCAGCACCAUGGAUGACACCGUCCUCCACUCCUUCGUCCUCAAGAUUGGGCUCGAGUGCCAGCUCAGCGUGGAGGAUGUCGCCUUCGAGGUCCAGCAGACCUUCUGCUACCACCAGGAGCUCGACUACUCAUCCAUGGCGAUAUAAUAUAUUAGUCGCUCCUUCGUGUGCAAAUUAUAUAAUAAUUAUAUUAGAUACAUCCAUAUGCAACUUCAACAUGCGCUCCAUGUCUAGAUCCCCUAAUUUGCAUAUUACUUUUCUCUCGAAAGUAAUAUAUAUAUAGUGUUUCCAUUUUGCAAAGUAUAAUUGAGGUCCAUGUAACUCUUGUGAUAUUGUUUCAAAAUGUAAGUCGUGUAUGCAAAUU